AUGACAGCGCCCGCGAUGAACCGACACGUCCUCGAAAAGGGCCACUCUGCCUACCCCAGGGGUUCUGCAUUUUCAAUCUCACCGAACAGGUUCCAGCCUCGCUCGCAACCUGCCCUUCGGAGACGCCGGCAGCUCUUCCAGCGCCUCUGCCUCCUCGGCGGUGUGUCGCUAGUGCUGUUCCUCUUGAUCUUCCCAUCCUGGCGCGCCGCCAUCCUUCCCACCAUCUCGCUCGGCCUUCUCUCUUACCCCGGAGAUCUACACCUACAGACGGUCCGAUAUUAUGAUUUAUCUGAAGUGCAAGGGACGGAGAAGGGCUGGGAACGUGGAGAGCGUGUCCUGAUGUGCACUCCGCUCCGAGAUGCCUCGUCGCACCUCCCGAUGUUUUUCUCACACCUUCGAAACCUCACGUACCCACAUCACCUAAUUGAUCUGGCGUUUCUGGUGUCGGACUCUCGGGAUGAUACCCUAGGCAUGCUGUCGCGCAUGUUGGAGGAUAUACAAAAUGACCCGGACCCGAAAAUGCCUUAUGGGGAGAUCUCGGUGAUCCAGAAGGAUUUCGGGCAGAAAGUGCAACAGGACGUGGAAAGUCGACACGGUUUCGAGGCGCAGGCCAGCCGACGUAAGCUGAUGGCGCAGGCGAGGAAUUGGUUACUGAGCGCAACGCUUCGCCCAACGCACAGCUGGGUCUACUGGAGAGAUGCGGACGUGGAGACUGCUCCGUUCACGAUCAUUGAGGAUCUAAUGCGGCACAACAAAGAUGUUACAGUCCCCAAUGUUUGGCGCCCGCUUCCAGAUUGGCUUGGCGGAGAGCAGCCUUACGAUCUGAACUCCUGGCAAGAAUCCGAGACUGCGUUGGCGCUCGCGGAUUCCUUGGACGAGGACGCCGUCAUCGUGGAAGGAUACGCCGAGUACGCUACAUGGAGACCUCACCUUGCCUACCUCCGCGAUCCUUACGGUGAUCCAGACAUGGAGAUGGAGCUAGACGGGAUCGGAGGUGUCAGUAUCCUGGCCAAGGCUCGGGUGUUCCGUGCUGGUGUGCACUUCCCAGCCUUCAGUUUCGAGAAGCACGCCGAGACGGAAGGGUUUGGCAAGAUGGCUAAACGGAUGAAGUUCUCGGUGAUAGGACUGCCACACUACACUAUUUGGCAUCUAUAUGAGCCCAGUGUUGAUGACCUCCGGCAUAUGGAAGAAAUGGAAGUGGAGCGACUCGCUCGCGAAAAGGAAGAGCAAGAGCGAGCCGAGCAAAAGGAGAGCACCCAGGCCAAGUCCCUAGGUGAUGAUCAGAUUGUGGACGGGGAAGAAGUACAAGGCUCGGCUGAAGGCCCGGCUGCCCAGCCCAUGAAAGAUGCCAUUGAUUCUACUCAAGGUCACUUGAAAGCCCAAGCUGAGACGGUCGAGCAAGCUGAGAAUGCCGAAGUAGUCAAGAAAGCCAAACCAUGA